CCUCUCCCCUCCCUCCUGCAAAGAAUCGCUGAGAUUUGGGAAUUUCGAGGGGAAAAACAAAAUGGAGGAAAUAUUGGCUGGGGUUUUGUGCAUGCUCCUCGUUCUCGCUCUCGUUCCUCUUCUCUUGUGGAAGCGUCGACGGAGCUCUCAAUCUGAGCACGAGCAUCAAGAUGAGCCCCAAACCCAGCAGGCUGAGAGAGUAGUCCAUCCUACUGGAGGCCGUCGUAUGCGUAGGAGACCUGCUGCAGCAAGUACAUCAACUGCGUCAACUAGCACACAAGAGCUGGAGAGUGAUGAAGAGGUUCCUGAGGAUGAUUAUUAUGUUGCUAAAGCUUCUAGUAAAAAGGAAAGGAAAAAACAGGAACGCGAAGCACAAAGACAGGCUGAGGAAGCUGCACGGGAAUCAAGGAAGACAAAGCAAGAUCGCUAUGCAGAUAUGAGGAGGAAGAAGGAUGAGGAACGUGAAGCACAAGAGCGAUUAAUGGAAGAAGAGGCUUUGGCACGGAAGGCCAAGGAGGAGGAAGCUGCUGCUUUGGAGUUUGAGAAGUGGAAAGGUGAAUUUUCAAUCGACGCGGAAGGUACAACUGAAAGUGACAUGCAAGAUGAGGGUCAAGGAUUACUCUUUAGUUUUGUGGAAUACAUUAAGAAACAAAAGUGUGUUCCACUGGAAGACCUUGCUGCAGAAUUCAAGUUGCGAACUCAGGAUUGCAUCAACCGGAUAACAACACUAGAAAGCAUGGGGAGAUUGUCUGGUGUCAUGGAUGACCGUGGUAAAUAUAUAUACAUUUCUCCUGAAGAAAUGAAGGCAGUUGCAGACUACAUUAAGAGACAGGGAAGGGUCAGCAUCUCACAUCUUGCCAGCAAAUCCAACCAAUUCAUUGAUCUCGAUCCGAAGCCUCAGUUCGACAAUGAACUUAGCGCAGCAGAUGAAAUAGCUGUUGCCUAGAGUUCAUGUGAAUAACGUUACAUAUAUACUCACACGAGCAAAUGAAAAGUUGAGUAAUAUACUUUCGUGAGGAACUAAGAUGUAUUGUCAUCCACCCCCAGUAAAUUUUCACAGCACACCCUUUUUCUUUGUAACGUGGUGAUGAAAUCUUAUCGCUCAUUGUAUUGGGAAAUGUUGCGUCUUGCUUGGUACUUGGUAGAAAACUAGAAAUACAGUAUGUUAGUUCUAGUUGAAUUCGAUUGUCUAUCAAGGUUUAUCUGGUUGUGGCAAACUUAGUUAAAGGCU